AUGGCUGAGGCUGGCAUACACUUCAGCUCUUUUGUGGCGGCUGUCGGCCGGUUCUCCCACCGUGCCAACGUGGCUCUUAGCCUCAAGCUUGGAGAAGAAGCGAUUAUUGAAGGUGCUCGCGAUCCACCCCCCGAUGAAGCCGUUGUUCCACCUGUUGCUCCAGAUCUAGCAGACACCGAGUUGGCUUAUUUAGUGAAUGUCGAAACACCCAAUCUUGCGAAUGCCGAGUUACCUGAUUUGGGCAAUGUCGAGUUACCCAAUCCCGCACAAAUCGAUGCCGUUUAUCCAAAUUUUCCUCCGGUUGCGCCGCCGCCAGUCAAAGAAGCCAGAGAAGAGCGCAAUCCUUCACCAGCAGCCAAUUUCACCAUGAACGAGUUCCUCAGCUUGUGUCACAUCGAUAGUCAGAAUGUCCAAAUUCAAGGUCUCUUGGAGCGACACUUGAUAUCCCAUUGGCGUGCUUUUGUUGGAUUAUCUUCUGAUAGAUUAGAACAGCUUGGAUUUCCCUUUGGCCCAAGUGCUUUGAUCGCUGCCGGUACUUUAAGAGCCAUCAAUCAAACAAUUGGCUGA